AUGAAAAAUAAACAAAAUGAAGAUAUAAAUUACCAUAUAAAUAAUGAAAAGAAUCAAUAUAAAAUUGGAAAAAAAUCAACACUAAAAAUGGAAGUAUAUGAACAAAAAUGUAUAAGCAAUAAUAAUAAAUUUUCAAAACAUGCAAAUAUUUUAUUAAAUGCUGAAAAUUAUAUUAAUAAAUUACGAAAUAAAGCAAAUAAUUUUUAUUUUAUUUAUGUAAUAGUUACAACAAUACAUUUAUUAAUAUAUGCAAAUAGAGGAAUAUUAUCAGGAUCAUAUGAUUAUUUAUCAUCAUAUUUUAAACAAAUAUAUCCACAAGGAAAUGUAGAUGUGCAUAUAGGCUUUUUAGUAUCUGUAUUUAUAUAUGGCAUAAGUAUAAAUUCAAUCAUAUCUGGAUCUUUAGCAUAUAAAAAUGAUCCCUUUAAAAUAACCACACUAUUUUUAUUUCAAACUGCAAUCGCAUUAACAUUAACUAGUAUAUUUUUUGUUAUCAAAUCAUAUUAUGGUUUAAUUUUUAGUAGAUUUUUUUGUGGUUUUAGUGAAGCCGCAUUUGUUACUAUUAUACCACCAUUGAUAUUUUCAUAUUCUAAACAUAAAGCUGGAGCAUGGAUUAGCAUAUUUUAUAUGAUGUGCCCAUUAGGUACAUGUUUAGGUUAUUUAUUAGCUCCUAUAUUAUCAAUUAUAAAAAUAACUAUUCCUCACAUAUUUGCAUCAUCAAGUAUAUUUUUAAUAGGACUAUCAUUUAUUUGUUGCCUUUUUAAUGAAAAAAUUUUAAAAAAAAAUGAAUAUGAAAAAAAUAAAAACAAUACAAAUAUUAUUAAAGAUCACGAUAUUAAUUUGGAACAUGAUGGUUCAUCAACAAAUGGAAAUUCAGACAAAUAUAAUGAACAAAAAAAUAUUACGGAAAAUAAUUUAAACAUUACAGAAAAUAGUUUAAACAUCACAACUAAUAAAAAUGAUAAUAUCAACAAUAAAUAUCUAGAAAUUGAAUUAGAUAAUUGUAUUGAAGCAUUAGAUGAUGAACAAACAGAAUCAAAUUUAUAUUCCCUAUUAUAUAAUAAUUUAUCUAAUAUUGCUUUUUUAUUAGCAGUUCUUGCUUUAACUGCUCAUAUGGAUAUAACAUCAUGCCAUUUGGUAUAUGGGCCAACAAUUUUAUAUACUUAUGGUAUUUAUCCAUCAUAUAAAAUAUCUGUAAUUGUUUGUAGUAUAGCAGCUUGCUUAUCUUCAAUAAUAGGUACAAUAUUGGGAGGAUAUUUAGUUGAUUACAAUAAUUUAAAUAUACAUGAUAUUGAUAAAAAUUAUGAACAUAUUAAAAAUAAUAAAAAUAUAAAUAAACUAUAUAAAAGAGAUUUUCUUGUUUAUAAAUUUAUCAAGUUAAUAUCAUUUUCUCUUUUAAUUGUUACAAUUAUUGGAAGUAUAUGUAUGAUGGUUGCCCCAUUUAUUAAAAACGCAUACAUAUUUACAACUCUCUUAUUUGUUGGAUAUACUUCUUUAUUCGCAUUAUCGCCAGGACAACAUAUAUUAGUUAUGGCUGCUUUCCCUAAAAACUUGAGACCAUUUUCUGUUGGAUUGUCUUCAUUUUUAUCACAUAUAUUGGGUGAUAUACCAUGGGUUAUUAUCAUCGGGAAAAUCAAGGGAACGCUCGCUCCAGAUUGUGUUGUUACCAUCAAUAGCGAAGUUACAGAUGCUUGCCGUAGCCAAAGUAGUGGUUUAUUAAUAACAUUGAUGAUCAUGUCAUCCAAAAUGAUUAUAAUAAUAAUGGGGACGUUUUUACUUUACAUUUAUUCGAAGAAAAAAAUGACCAAAUAUAAAAAUAUGCGAUUUGUUUCGUAA